GCAAUAAUUCUCUCCUUUAAACUCAAUACCCCACUGCACGCACCCACCCCCCACACCCACGCGGCCCCUACACACACAUAUAUUAUAUAUGGUGUAUAUAUAUGCGUAGCCAAGGCUAUUCCAAUAUUCUUCUUAUGCAAAAAUGGCGACCUCCAUACAUGUAAAAGAAGCUGUUUUGGUGAGCCCGUCGGAGCCGACGCCGGUUCAGGUUCUUCCCCUCACUGCCUUGGAUUCUCAGCCUUUUCUGCGGUUUACUAUAGAGUACUUGUUGGUGUACAAGACGGCCAGCGCCGCCGUGGAUAGGGCGGCGACGGCGGCCAGAGUGAAGGACGCGCUGGGGCGUGCCUUGGUUCCGUACUAUCCGCUCGCCGGAAGAGUCAGGGCGCGGCCGGACGGGUCCGGUCUGGAGGUGGUGUGCCGCGGCCAGGGGGCGGUUUUUAUUGAGGCGGUGUCGGAGCUCACGGCGGCGGAGUUUGAACGGGCGCCGCGGUGCGGCGCGCAGUGGCGGAUGCUGCUGUCGUUGUACGUGGUGGAUGUGCUCAAAGGGGCCCCACCGUUGGUCGUCCAGCUGACGUGGCUGUCGGGUAAUGCUGCCACGUUGGCCGUCGGGUUCAACCAUUGUCUCUGCGACGGAAUCGGCAGCGCCGAGUUUCUCAACUUCUUCGCCGAGUUAGCGGCCGGGAAGCGGCGACCCGCCACCGAGCUCAAACAGAAACCGGUCUGGGACCGCCAUAUUUUUAACCCGGCGAAUUUCCGGCCGCGCCGCACUAACUCAGCGAGUCACCCCGAGUUCAACCGAGUUCCUGACGUCAGCAACUUCCUCUCCCGGUUUACGCAGGAGAGGCUGACGCCAACCUCCGUCACAUUCGACCGGAAAAAGCUGAACGAGUUGAAGAAACUCGUCCAACUCGCCGGAAAACUCCCGGAGCCGCCAUGCACGUCGUUCGAAGUCCUCUCCGCUCACGUAUGGAGAAGCUGGGCGAGAUCCCUUAAUCUCCCCCAAACCCAAAUACUAAAACUCCUGUUCAGCGUCAACGUCCGGCACCGAGUCAAACCGAGUUUACCCGGCGGCUACUACGGCAAUGCCUUCGUCCUCGGCUGCGCUCUGGCCACCGUGAAAGACCUAUCAGAAAAGGGACUCAGCUACGCCACCGAGUUAGUAAAGAGGGCAAAAGAGCGAGUGGACGAGGAGUACGUGAGAGAAGUGGUGGAAUCAGUGAGUUCGACUCGGGCGUGUCCGGACUCAGUGGGCGUGUUGAUAAUGUCGCAAUGGUCAAGGCUAGGGCUCGAGAGGGUUGACUUCGGGAUGGGCCGGCCGGUCGAGGUGGGGCCCGUAAUCUGCGAUCGGUACUGUAUAUUGUUACCGGUCUACGAUUCGAAGGACGCUGUUAAAGUCAACGUCGCAGUCCCCGCCAGCGCCGUUGACCAAUACUUGUACCUUCUGAGGAAUACCUGCACCUGAGAAUGACGUCAUCAUUCUGCACUUUUUUAAAUUAAAAUUAAAAAAAAAAAGCUGUUUGACUUUGAGUAAUUUUGUUUUUUAUUAA